UGUUCCUCGCUUCAAUUCCCUGAGAAUAGAGUGAGUGAAGGCUCUACAGUGGAGUUUCCAUCUUCACUGAAAGCUGAAUAAUUAUAGAGUGCAGUGAAUCUCCCUCUCACACCCUCAUGUAUUGUUAUCUCCCUCUUCAUUUCCUUUCAGAGGAAGAGAGGCCAAGACCCAAGCCCAUGGUGCCCCAGCUGGCCCCUCCGAAGAUUCCUGAAGGGGAGCGAGUGGACUUUGAUGAUAUCCAUAGAAAAAGAAUGGAGAAAGACCUGUUGGAGCUCCAGACUCUGAUUGAUGUCCACUUUGAACAACGGAAGAAAGAGGAAGAAGAGCUCAUUGGACUUAAGGAGCGGAUUGAGCGGCGGCGCUUUGAGCGGGCUGAACAGCAACGUGUCAGAGCAGAGAAGGAGAGGGACCGGCAGACCAGGAUUGCGGAGGAACGCCAGAGAAAGGAGGAUGAGGAGGCCAGGAAGAGAGCAGAUGAUGAGGCAAAAAAGAAGAAAGUGCUGUCCAACAUGGGGGCUAAUUUUGGUGGUUUCCUUGCAAAGGCAGAACAGAAGAGAGGAAAACGGCUGACAGGAAGAGAAGUUAAAAGAAAGACUCUAUCUGAGAGGCGCAAACCUCUGUCUCUUGACAACUUGAGGGAGGAUGCCCUGAAGCAGCGUGCACAAGAGAUGUGGAACUGGAUCCACGAGCUGGAGUCAGAGAAGUUUGACUACAUGGAUCAAAUGAAGAUGCAGAAAUAUGAGAUUAUCGUCCUCCUCAACAGAAUUUCUCAUGCUCAGAAGUUUAAAAAGGGUCAUGGCAAUAAAGGCAAAGUUGGCGGGCGCUGGAAAUGAGGCCUGUCUGCCAGUGGAAAAAGUGGAGGUCCGGGUUAACAUGGAAAGGGCUGUAUAUUUCGGGCUUUUCCCUUUCCCUUCUCUCUCUGUGUUAUCAAAACUGUGUUGAAAUGAUUAAAUAAAUCAUAAGCUAUCUAA